UUACUUUCAAAAAUACUAGGUAAAGUUUAUGCCAUUUUUUUGUAAAUAACCUACACUAUGCCUGAUAUUUCGGCUGUUAUAUGAUAAGAGAAAAUGAUAAAUCAGUUUAGCAAAUAAUUUAGCAGUCAAAACAUCAAAUUCUUGCUUUCUUCUGAGCCACGUGGGUUUGGAAAUUUCAAAUUUCACAAGAUGGCGGCCGCUAAAGACCAAAACAAGUUAAAAAAGCCAUCAAAGUCUACUGACUUAAUGGACUUCCCGAUGAUGAAUGCUUCACUUCGCUCAAAAUUGCUGCUGUCAGAUCAAGCAAGAAAGGCCAAAGGGCCUCCCCAAACAUUCAAGCUACAGAAAUCUUCAGUGCUUGAUAGGGUGCACAAUUUCCUUCCUUUGAUGGCAGAAGCUGAUCAGAAGUUAAAACAAGAUAUGGCAUCAUUACCAGCUGGUGCUCUGAACAUAGAAAAUGUUGAUGAUGAUGAAGCUCAUGUUGAAAUGAGUUUGGCUGUAGUUGAGAAUGAUUCUAGUAAUGAAGACAGUCCAUCAGACAGUGAGUCAUCAUUAAGUGAUGAUGAAAUCACCAACAGUAAUGAAAUCAAGACGGAAUACAUCAACAAUGGACCAAUAACAGAAGACAAUAUAGUAAUUAUAAAACCAAAAACAGGAAAAAAGCCAGCCAUACAGAUACUAAACGAUGGAGAUUGUGAGCAUACUAACAAUAACAACAGCACAGGGAAACAAUAGCCUUUUCUGUCAUUCAUUUUGUUGUACCGUUUAUGAUUCUUUACGUUUAUAAAUCAAAGUCAGAAGCAGUUCACAAAUUGUGAGUAAAAAACCACUUAUCAUAAGCAUCAUUGAGCACGAGCCAAGAAAAAGAAAACCUUCUGAUUGCAAUUAUUCUGACAUACUCCUAACUCUGAUUAGGAAUCUGUUUUUUAAUUUUCACUACAUCAUGAGCUGCUUCUGACUUCAUCGCUAGCUAAUACUUUUUUAGGAAUAUUAGGUUCAUUCCAUCUAUAAAUUCAAAUGGUCUCUAAGUGACCAAUUUAGAUGUAAAUGAAACCAUCUGCUUUGUGUGCAAAUAUUUUUGAAGUAAAGCCUCAACACUUAGAGUUGUUCAGGAAAACCUUGUCAGACUGCCUGCAGUAACAUUGUGUAGUGACACCGUGUUGAUGCGAAUGAUUACUGCCUCAAGUUUGUGAUAAUGGGAAUUCAAAGAUAUUUGGAGGUCAAGAUAAUUCGACUCCAACUUAAAUUUUUCCACAAAAUUGUAUAAUUUAUUCUUAUAUAUACUUCUCUCUCAAUCUAAUUGUCAUUUGAAAACAUGUAAACAUUCAAUGGAAUAUCAUAUUUUGUGAAUUUAUUUUAACAUGAAAAUAACUCAUCGUAAAGUAAGAGAAUUAAUAUGUUUUUAAAAAAACAAGCACGAUUUAAGAUUAUAUUAGUGAUUUACCGUAUUCACACAGGUAUCCCCGUUGAAACUGCAUACCAUACGGAAAAUUGGACGCAACCAGUUAAGGGAGGCUUACAUCGUUGUCAUGGCAACGCCACCAAAUAAGGCACGUUGAACAAUACUCGUUCUGUUUACCUUACAUUGGCAGGAUUAUUGAAUUAAUGCGUGAUCCUUCGAACCACUUUGUAUUUCUUCAAAUUAACACAAAUUACAACUUGAACACUAAUUCAUGGUCUAGUUUACAACUUUUUUAUAAUUCGUCCAAGAUUUUUAGUCCUUUGGCUUU